AUGGCCACGGCACAAGUACUGUUCCAUCGCUUUUACUGCAAGAAAUCAUUUGUUCGAUUCAGUGCAAAAAGAGUUGCUGCUAGCUGUGUUUGGCUGGCAGGGAAGUUGGAGGAGAGUCCCAGGAAAUCAAAGCAUAUUAUAUUUGUCUUCCACAGAAUGGAAUGUAGGAGAGAAAACUUGCCAAUUGAAUUCUUAGAUGUUCAUUCAAAGAAAUAUACAGAACUGAGGCAUGACCUGAUACGGACAGAACGACAUCUGUUGAAGGAGAUGGGGUUUAUUUGCCAUGUCGAGCACCCCCAUAAGUUCAUAUCAAACUACCUUGCAACACUCGAAGUCCCUCCGGAGCUUACUCAAGAGGCAUGGAACCUUGCCAAUGAUAGCUUAAGGACAACUCUGUGUGUGCGAUUUAAGAGUGAAGUAGUAGCAUGUGGAGUUGUGUAUGCUGCAGCUAGGAGACACCGUGUUCCCCUUCCUGAAGAUCCUCCAUGGUGGACUGUCUUUGAUGCUGAUGAAGCAGGAAUUCAGGAAGUUUGCAGGGUUCUUGCUCACCUCUACAGCUUGCCCAAGUCUCAAUACAUUCCAGUGUAUAAAGACAAUGAUUCCUUUACUGUUAGGAGAAUCUCUGAUCCACAGGCUUCAAAGGAAAGUCUAGCAACUGCAGUUGCUAGCGAUAAGGGUACCCCUAUACCCUCAGGUUCUAGCCAGGAGAAGGAUUCAGUGACUAAGACUAUACCAAACAAGGUGAAGGAAAAAAGUGAUGACGAAGGUAAACCAUUGUCCGCUGAACUUGAUGGAAAAGAAAACCAGGUGGCGAACUCGAAAAAUGAGAAGUCUGAUUCUGGUGUUGACCGGAGUCGGGAAAGAGAAAGAGAGAGAUCAAGAGGGCGGGAACAUGAUGCCCGGGGUAGGGAUUCUGAUCGUGAUAGCAGGGGUCGUGACAAUGAUCGCCAGAGGGACCGGAGACGUCGCUCUAGGGAAAGAAGUUCAGGACACUCAGACAAGGAGAAAUCAAGGCGCCAUUCAUCACGAGUUCGCAUUCAUCUCGUGAAAAAGAUCGGCACAGGCACCAUUGAUCAAGGUGAGGAGGAUCCUGGUCUGCAGGGCUUCGCUGCAUGGAGACCACCACUUGGCAGUGCCGACUGA